AUGGCAGCGACAGCAGCAACCUCACCGCUUCACUUCACGGAAUCUCCAGGAUAUGCUGGGCCCAAGAUCUUGCAACUGAAUAUUGCGCUCAUAGUUUGCACUUCUAUAAUAGUGGGAUUGAGACAAUAUGUCCGCGCUUUCAUCGCGAAAGCCUUGGGUUUGGACGACGUCCUGGCAUUCCUCGCAUGGGCAGUACUGACUUCAGAGUCUGCAAUGGAUAUCUGGCUGGUGCAAUAUGGAAGUGGCGCGCAUCUCAAGUAUAUCCCGAAGGCUGACUUCACAACAUGGUUCGAGGGAAUUGUCACGAAUGGUCUGCUCUACCUCAUCGGUACUGGCCUAAUGAGACUCUCAAUCGUUGCCUUCCUGCCACGCUUGAGCCAAGACAGAACCUUCAUUAUUCUAUCCUACACGACGGGAUUCUUCGUCAUAGCGCAGACACUGGGAUGUGUCAUCUAUCGCUUGACCCAGUGCAGCCCUCUCUCGCAUUUGUGGAAGCCGCCCUUCUUUCCUGGAAAGAACUGUGUCCCGUCCGAAUACCAAAACACUAUGAUGGUGGUGCACCAGAUCGUCGGCUUGGUCCUGGACUUCUGCCUCAUGGGCUUACCUAUCUGGGUGAUCUACACCAAGAUGCUCUGGUCGAAGAGGGCAUUCCAGGUGAUAUGUGUCUUCAGCGUCGGCAUCUUUGUCGUGGCUACUGGCUGCGUUCGUCUGGCAAUGAUGAAGAAGAGUCAAUUUCUCUCUGACCCGACGUUUAACAUGUCCACGAUUGGUAUCUGGACCAACCUUGAGGGGCAUGUCGGCCUAUGGGUCGCGUCCUUCCCAGCACUCCAGCCGCUCAUCCGCAUCAUGUCUUUCAAGCUGGGCUUCCGCAGCAAGCUACAAAGUUACGGAGGAGAGGGGCCAUCUGGGACUGGCGGUGGUGGUAUGCGUUCCAAGACAGGGCCAUGGUUGAGUGUGCCCAGGAGCAAGGCCGGUUACAUUCGCAAUGGUAGUGGCUCCGACGCCGCUGAUAAUCACAGCGAACGGGGUCUUGUACCACAUUACAAGGGGAACGACGGCACAGAGAUGGGCAUCAUAAAUGCGACGGAUGGUAAGGUAUCAAGGAUCCAGAAACAAGUUGAGGUUGAAGUCAGAGUGGACAAGGCGUUGGCUCGGAGCGAACGGCCGACUUACACAUCUGGACAGGGUUCCAAGAGUUGGAUCUCAACGGCGACAUAA